GAUUGUGCAAAGCGUCCUAAGCGGAUGUCACAUCCGGUCUGAACAGCCGGCAGGAUUGAAGGAAGAAUCUGGAGUAACGUUAGCCCCCUACUUGUGUCGUUUAUUUUUUUUAAGAAACACUUGAUUUGAUUUUAUUCCUGCAGACACAAUGACUUUCGAUGUGCGAAGGUUCGAUAUCUACAGGAAAGUGCCCAAAGACCUUACCCAGCCCACGUAUACUGGAGCUUUCAUUUCAAUAUGCUGCUGCGUCUUCAUGUUGUUCCUCUUUCUCUCAGAACUGACGGGAUUCAUCGCUACAGAAAUAGUAAAUGAACUAUAUGUGGAUGACCCCGAUAAGGACAGUGGGGGGAAGAUAGAUGUGAGUGUAAACAUCAGUUUGCCAAACUUACACUGUGAUUUGGUGGGUUUGGACAUCCAGGAUGAGAUGGGGCGGCACGAAGUGGGCCACAUAGAGAAUUCAAUGAAAGUGCCUCUAAACAACGGUCACGGGUGCCGCUUUGAAGGGGAGUUCAGUAUUAAUAAAGUUCCAGGAAACUUUCAUGUGUCAACACAUAGUGCUACUGCUCAGCCUCAGAACCCUGAUAUGACCCACAUCAUCCACAAACUUGCCUUUGGGGAGAAGCUUCAGGUACAGCAUGUUCAAGGGGCUUUUAAUGCAUUGGGUGGAGCCAACAAACUUCAGUCCAAUGCUUUAGCAUCUCACGAUUACAUUCUCAAGAUCGUCCCUACAGUUUAUGAGGACCUGGGAGGGAAGCAGAGAUUUUCCUACCAGUACACCGUGGCAAACAAGGAGUACGUGGCGUACAGCCAUACAGGACGCAUUAUCCCAGCGAUAUGGUUUCGCUAUGACCUGAGUCCGAUCACAGUGAAAUACACAGAGCGGAGACAACCGUUCUACCGCUUUAUCACUACUAUUUGCGCUAUCAUCGGCGGGACAUUCACAGUGGCCGGCAUCAUUGACUCCUGUAUAUUCACGGCCUCUGAAGCCUGGAAGAAAAUCCAGAUUGGGAAAAUGUCAUGAGUACUCAAAUCUACGUACCAUACAUUUUAUUUAUGCCAGCCAAACCUCUGCACACUUGUCAUUACACUUUAUGACCCACACUAGCCAAAACUGGAAAACAUUGUCCUGCCAGUUCAUUUCUCAGUGUGCUCAUUUGGAUAGAAUGGUUUUCAUCUCUAAACAUUUAAUACAAUGAAUUACAGGGAUUUCAUUUGGGGGAUGUAGGUGGUUUCCUUAUUUCACUGCUAUGUUAAUUUACCCACAACUCAUAGGACUGAUGUGGAAAGAACCUGUCUCGCUCAUUGGAAGGACGCCAGGGUUUUCCCAUUCAAAUACAUGUUACUGAGAUGUGUAUAGUGAUGCAUACAAGACGUAGUGUCACUUUGAUCGGUUAUAACUGAAAGAGAAAGAAAGAGGUUAAAUAGAAUUCCACCUUCAUAGGAACUGAACUAUUCUCUAAGGCCUCUCUUGAUAUGAUUGGGUUCAUCUCAUGAAACCUGUCGAAAGCAUACAUCAUUGAUUUUUGGGAUCAUAUUGCACCUCAAAAUAAAAUGGACGAAAGUUCUGUAGUAAAAACAUGUUUGCAUUGUGAUUUAAUUGCAUGAGAAUUAAACCAGUUUCCCCCAGUUCCAUUAUGUGAAUAAUUAUGUAUUAUUUAUAGUGAGUUUGCACAUCAUGGUAGUAUUUGUUUCUUUGCCUUUAACAUGCAGGUUUAAAUGAUUUUUACUGUAUUUUUUUUACAGUAUUGUAUUACACUAAUGAGAAUGUCCAGAUGCAUUAUGGUAAUGAGAACUUGGGGUCAAAUGUAUUUAAUUAUCAUGAAAAUGUCACAAUCCAAAUGAUUUUAAUUGCAAUUGAUUUUCUUUAUUUUGGGGGUGAACUGUGAGCUGUUCGUAUUUCAUGAGAUGAACCUGUACAUUUUUUUUUUAAGAGGUGGAUGCUGGUCUUAUUUGGGUUUAAGUAAGUAAUAUGGAUUCUUUCUAUGGUAUAUUUUGGUUUUCUUGCACUCUGAUGGCAUUCUGGCUGUAGACCUGUAUUUUAGUUUGUUUGAUUGAAGGGAAAUUAUGAAUGUCUUCUUUUUUAACUAAAAGACUCUUGAAGGAAUGCUUUUUGUUUAUUUCCAUGUCUGUAAAGGUACUCUGUAAAGGCUUAAUGACACUUUUAUUUCCUCAGUCCAUAAUGUUUAAUGGUUAACCUUUUAUUGUUUUGAAGAUUAGGCUGGAAACGUGCUGUUUACGUCUCUUCAAGCGUUCCCUUUCAACACUGCUGUAAAGAGGCUGAAUAAUUUCCUGUCAGUGUUUUGACCGUGUUCCAAAAUGUGGUCGUACUGGUUACACAGGACCGUGACACAUGAAAGCUACGUGUCAAAUGUAUGAUGUGUCCUUGCCACAAGUUGACAUGGCAACAGAAGUGUAUUUUCACUACAUUUAAUGAGAACAGAAACCACAACCUACAUUUCAGCUUCAUGGCUCAAACUGCUUGGAUAUGUCAUUUAGAACGGAUAAGGUCUUGUAGAACCUUAAAAGUUGAUUUCUUUAGUCAAACGUUAAUCAAACAAACCAUGUUGAGUUUCCAUGCUUGUUUCAGCCAUUUAAUUUAAUUUAGCCCUAUUUGUUCAUUUAGUCACAUGGACGUUACCUUCCGGGCUAUGCCACUUUUUUUGUUUUUGUUUAUGAUGGUUAGAAUAAACCACAGCAACAGCCAGUUUCUUUGUUUGUUUGUACAGUAUGUCUUUUCAAAAUUCAAGUUUUUUUUGUCUACCAUAAUGUUGAAAAGGAAUCAAAAUAAACAUUAUGGAACCAUUUAAAAUGAGA